AUGCCAACCGAGAUCAUGUGCGACAAUGGGAAGCAGUUCAUUGGUAGUAAGGUGAGCAGAUUUCUCGAGGAUCAUAAUAUUAAAGAGAUCGUAUCAACACCCUAUCACCCUUGUGGUAACGGGCAGGCGAAGUCUAUGAACAAAACCAUACCCCAAAACCUUAAGAAGAGGUUGACGGACGCCAAAGGGAAAUGGAAGGAAAUUUUGCCCAAAGUCCUAUGGGCAUAUCGUACGAUCUCAAAAUCCUGUACCGAGGCCACCCCGUUCUCAUUGGUCAACGGUGCCAAAGCGUUAAUACCGGUCAAAGUAGGAGAACCGAGUCUCAGCUUCCGAUAUGCGACUGAAGAGUCAAACGAUGAGGCCAUGAGUGCGAGCCUAAAAUUGUUGGACGAAAGGCGCAAGGUCGCCCUCGUCCGGUUGGCCGCCCAAAAGCAACGGAUCAAAAGGACAUCAAGCCCAAGGGCCACAUCUAUCCAGGUCCAAGAGAUCACCCCCACUCGGGGACUGUCGUCCAAAACAAACUCGGACGGCUUGGAUUGUCAAAGCCUGGGGGCUCAAAAACCUAUUAGGCAGUGCCCGAACCUUAAAGGCAAUGGCCAACCCCACUCGGGGACUGUCGUCCCGGGUAAGCCCGGAUGGCUGGGGUAUUGA